GCACCUCUGCAACUACCACCACCACCUCUGCCGCCGUCACUAACACGGCCUCCACUAGCAGCAGAUCUAUCACCAUGUUUGUGUUCGAUUUUCAACCUAUAUUUAUUUUUCUUCAUCUUCUUAGGUUAAUGAUUGAGUUUCCAGAUUCAGAGAUCGACGAAUUUGAUUUUUUGGUUUUCGAUUUCAUAAUUCGAGCUGGAGAUUGAAAGAGAUCUUUGCAUGUUCGAUUCAUUGAAGUCAGGUACUGAUGCAGUUUGGAUGAUUUUUAAUUUGAUUGCAGAUAUUUUGGAAUUUUAAUUUGUUUUGAUUCAACUGCAAUUUGAUUUCUUCGUUUAUUUCGAAUGAAUUGAGCUCGAGAUUGUUGAUUCUGAAACUGGUAUUAUUCAACUUUAUUUCAGAUUUGGGUUCCGAUCCUAAUUUUAAUUUCAUCGUAUUUGUAGAAAUUGUUUAUUUUAAAUUUAUAAUAUUGAUGUUGUAGUGGUGGUGGUUGACCUGGUGGUGGUGGUGGAAGGUGUUGUUAAUAAUAACAAUUAUUUUGUGGUUUUUUAAUGGGGUUUGGAGGUAAAGUCGGAAUUCGAGGGGAUUAUUGUUGGUGGAACUGUAGUUGGUAGUGGUGGAGGAGGUGAGAUUGGAUUAUGGAUGGAGUUUAAGCUGUAAUCUAUUGCCCAAGGUGAGAAUUAGUUGCUCAGACAACCAGAGUGCAGAAAGUUGGCUAAAGGAAGGGGAUUUUACAUUAAGUUGAUGACCAAAGAACUUGUGACAAAUGGUGACUUUAAAAAAAAUGUGUUGUGACAUUCUUGUAUCUACACCUCGUCACUUACAGUUCGCUAUCUGGAAAAGAAAGCUUAAUCUAAGCAGAGUGGUGUACCUAGCCCGAUCCAUCAUGCACGACGCAGUUCGAGUUAUUCUUGGAUGGAAGAAUUCUGCGUCAGAAUUGAUUAAACAAAAACUUGUUUUCACUGGAUCUGAAAAAUGUAAGGUGUUUGCUACUCGACAAAGUUUUGGCGGAGACUCGAGCUCACCACAUUUUGAGUUGUUUCCUGCUGCUUACACUGGCAAACUCAAUCGUUUCAAGAGGUUGGCUUUAGAUCAUGCUAAAGGCGAAGGGAUUGCAGUAGAGAAAUCGAUCGCAAAGGCUGUAGAUGAAUGUGGACAAGGAUCUCUUCAUAUUGCUGCUGAAGGAGGAAGUUUAAACGUUUGCAAAUACUUGCUCGAGACUUUGAAACUUGAUGUGAAUUCCAAAGAUAAAAGUGGUAUCACACCCUUGUAUACUGCAAUUUUGAAUGGCCAUUUGGACACAUUUAGAUAUCUUUUUGAAAACGGUGUCAAUGCUGAUGCAUCAGAUGAUAUGAAUUUCACUCCUUUACAUUGUGCUGCUGUGAAAGGUGAUACAAAUAUUAUAACCUUGUUACUUUCAAGAGGUGUUCACAUAGAUGUUGCAACUAGAGCUGGCACUGCCCUUCACUAUGCUGUUGUUGAAGGUCACCAGAAUGCCGUUAAAGUAUUGUUGGAUCACGGUGCAAAUCCUAAUGUUGUUAGCAGUCAGGGUAGGCCACUAAUUUCAGCAAUUUUAAGAAAGUCAUGGGAAUGUGUGGAACUUUUACUACAGGCAGGCGAUGACCCGAAUGCUGUAUUAUAUGGACAAACACCUCUGGCACUUGCAGCAGCAGCAGUGGAUGGCCGCGCGGAUGGCAUUAGACGCUUACUGGAAGCUGGUGCAGACCCAAAUUAUAAAGUGAAUUCAGGGGCGACAGCAUUAGAAAUUGCAGCUCUUAAUUGCAAUUAUCCAAUUGUUGGGGUUCUUUUUCCUGUGACAUCUCGUCUUCCAACUUAUCCUGAAUGGAACAUUACCGGACUAAUGAGGCAUGUUAAUUCUGAUGCAAACAGGAUGCAGAGGGAAGUCUAUAUGAAGGAGAAAUUUGAUCAGGCAAAAUCAAUAGGAAGAUAUGCAUUCCAGGCAGAGCAGUAUCUAUUGGCAGAGUAUUUCUUCGACGAGGCCUUGAUCCUUUUUCCAAAAGAUCCAGCAGUACUAUGCAACUUGAGUGCAUGUUAUGCGCGUCUAGGUGACGGAACCAAUGCGCUUGACUAUGCUACUAAAUGCAUGAUUGAAAGGCCUGAAUGGCCUAAGGUGUACUAUAGGUUAGGCGUUGCGCUCAAUAUACAGAAAAGAUAUGAUGAUGCAGCAGAUGCCUUUCAUAAGAGUUUGAUGCUCGAUUCAAGAAACAGAGAGCUUAAAGAUGCGUAUAAGAAAGCUGUUGAAAAUAUCAAAGUGGAAGAAGAUAAUGCUUAG